AUGGCUCAUAGAUCUGCACCGUUGGUUGUGCUUUCAACCCUCUCGCCAAUAGUUGGUUUGGAUAUGACCGAGACUCCGUGUCCUUUCCGGAUGUGGUUCUUUCCGGCGCCACCGGACCUCUCAAAACCAUUAGAGCCUCCAGACCCGCUCAUUCCUCCGGAUCCGCCGCCUCCCACUUGGUCAAUGAUAAUCGAUUAUAUCGAUCUGUUCAAGAUUAACGUUUUUUGGUAUCUUUAA